AGCAACAAUUAGCUUUUUUGCUUCAAAUACAAUCCAUCAUCUCCAUCAACAUGAGCCACAGUGUCAAACAGAUGCACUCAGGAUCAGUCAAAGGAAGUAGCCAAGUAUCUUCAACUCGCCACAGUCGAUCUCAUAGUUCUCAUCAUGGAGGCUUUCAGAAGGUCCACCAGGUUGUCAACCACAGAGCUCCCAGCGUUCACGGAGGGUCAGGAGGCAAAGGAAUCUCCAUCUCCAGACAUUAUGCUUCCAGCGUAGGAUGUAGCUCUGGUUUCAGUCAUGCAGAUCACUUUGGAAGUCAAAGGGUCCACGGAGGUUGGAAGAACGACGGCAUGUUCUGUUUCAAUGAGAAGGAAACCAUGCAUCUUCUGAAUGACCGCCUGGCUUCAUACCUGGAGAAGGUGUGCUCUCUGGAGCAGGAAAACUCGCAGCUGGAGAGGAAUAUCCGUGAGUGGUACGAAAAGCAUCAACCUCACGCAUUGCCCGACUUUAGCAAAUUCUUCAAAAUGAUUAAAGAUCUUCAAAGCCAGAUUGCUGCUUCAUAUGCAGAAAACGCUAAGAUAUUUCUACAGUUGGACAACGCCAAGCUGGCUGCCGAUGACUUCAGAAACAAAUACGAGAUAGAGCAGGGGCUCAGAAGCAGCAUCGAGGCUGAUGUUCAAGGUUUGCGCAGAGUCCUGGAAAGACUGAACAUGGAGAGGAGUGACCUGGAGAUACAAGCUCAAUGUCUCCAGGAGGAGCUCCAGCAGAUGAAGAAAAACCACGAGGAGGAGGUGAACUGUCUAAAAGCCCAACUGGGAAUGAGAGUCAACGUGGAAGUGGACGCUGCUCCAUCUGUAGACCUGAACAAAGUCUUGUCUGAGAUCCGACAGCAGUAUGAAAACUCAAUGGAGAAGAACCUAAGAGAAGUCGAGAGCAUAUUCCUCGCAAGGAGUGAAGAACUGAACCGUGAGGUUGUGUCUGGUUCUGAACAGUUACAGUCGGUCAACAACGAGCUUAUCGAGUUAAGACGCACCUUGCAGACCCUGGAGAUUGAACUGCACAGUCAGCUAAGCCUGAAAUCAGCGCUGGAGGGCACCUUGGCAGAGACCGAAGCCAGUUACAGCUCCCAGCUCUCCCAGUUACAAGAUCUGAUCAACCACGUAGAAUGCCAGCUGACGCAGGUCCGGUCUGACCUGGAGCAGCAGAAUUAUGAGUACAAGAUCCUCAUGGACCAGAAAACCCACCUGGAGAUGGAGAUCGCCACCUACAAACGCCUACUGGAAGGACAUGACUUCCAUGUGACUGAGCAUGGGCACCAUGAAAAAAAUGAACGCCACCAGUCUGUGAAGAUCCAACAGACGACUGAACGUGUCCACCAGACAACUGAACGUGCCCACCAGACCACUGAACGUGCCCACCAGACCACUGAACGUGUCCACCAGACCACUGAACGUGUCCGCCAGAUCAAGCUGUGAAACCACCACACUGAGAAAAUUCUUAAUUGUCAUUUGGUCCUAAUUACCGGUUCAUCAUAUUCUUCUAAUCUGGAAGGACCCAGUCUGUCUCUAUGUUCCGUUUUUAAUCUUUUCUAGCUCUGUAGAAAACCUUGUUGAUGGAUUUGUUUUUCUCUUGCUCCUGUCAACAAAUUAAAGUCUAUUUUAUGCAUCGUU